AUGCUGCCAGCGGUCAGGAGUCUUACCACCACGAGGCCCGAGGGAGCAGAGUUCUUUCUGCACUGGGGCAUCCGCUGGACCCUUUCCGGGCCCUGGGGAACCUUUGCUUCUAAUUACGACCUCAGAUGUGCUCUGUCCCUCCCUCAGGACGUGGAGCGGCAGUCGGAGUCCGCGGGCUCUGACCCCUCUGGGAGCUGCAGCCAAGCCCUGCUGUGGAACCGUGGGGGGAAGAGCGCCGGCGAGGAUGCCUGGGGGCUGCUACCCUCUCCCGGGCAGGAUCGGCUGCCCAGCCGCCAGGGGCUGGGGCAGCAACUGGAAGCGGCUCCUUGGGCCAAGGUCAGCGUCGGCGGCCGGCGGCGGGCAAGGAGGCUCCAGCCCCUGCAAGUGAGAAGGGCCCGAGGGCAGGCUAGAUCCGGCCGGCCCCGCGCUGCCUGCGGCCCCUUCGUGGAGGAUGACGUGGCGGCGCGAGGCAGCGCCACGACUCUGCCCAGACUUCCAGACCCCGGGAUCCCGGGAUCCGACCCAAAGAAAACGCAGACCCAGGAGAGACGUGUCCGGAAGCCGUGGACCAUGGCCUAG